AGGAGGAGGAGGAGGAGGAAGAAGCAGCAGCAGCAGCAGGCAAGGCUGCAUCCCUUCUGCGACAGCCAGGCACCUUCCUUGCUCUUUUUGCACCUCCUUGGCUUGGGAAAGGGCUUUGCUCUUGAGUAGACCCAUGGCUAGGGCUGGCUGCAGGGCACUGGAGUGUGCUUUGGCCCUUUAAGGCUCCAGGAGACUCCCUCGCUGGCAACACGGUGAAUCCUUUCCUGAACUCUUGAAGGCUGACUUUUUAGGAUCCCAUAUCCAGGAUCCAGCUGGCUAUUUCAUAAGGACGGAUUUAUUAAGGUUAACUCAUGAUGGGAGACCAGAGGCAACGUUCAUUGUCUACAUCUGGGGAAUCAUUGUACCAUGUUCUAGGACUGGACAAAAAUGCCACCUCAGAUGAUAUUAAGAAAUCAUACAGGAAACUUGCAUUAAAAUAUCAUCCUGAUAAAAAUCCAGAUAAUCCAGAAGCUGCAGAUAAAUUUAAAGAGAUCAACAAUGCACAUGCGAUAUUGACUGAUGCUACAAAACGAAAUAUCUAUGAUAAGUAUGGUUCCUUGGGCCUCUAUGUAGCAGAGCAGUUUGGAGAAGAGAACGUGAACACAUACUUUGUGCUGUCCAGCUGGUGGGCAAAGGCACUGUUUGUGUUCUGUGGGCUCGUCACAGGUUGCUAUUGCUGUUGCUGUCUUUGUUGUUGCUGUAACUGUUGCUGUGGGAAGUGUAAACCGAAACCCCCUGAAGGCGAAGAGCAAGAAUACUAUGUCUCUCCUGAAGACUUGGAGGCGCAGCUACAGUCAGAUGAGAGGGAGGCCUCAGAUACCCCUAUUGUGAUACAGCCAGCCUCAGCCACAGAGACGACCCAGCUCACGGCAGACUCCCACCCCAGCUACCAUACCGAUGGAUUUAAUUAAGUUAAGGAAGCACUGUUAACUAGAAUGGAUAAGAAUAAAUAACAUGGCCAAUCCAGCACUAGAAUCAUGGACAUUAGAAAUAGAAUAUGGGAAGGGAGAUGUUCUGCCACAGUAAGAGGGCAGCCUUCAACCUGCUGAAAAUAUUUUGUAAUCCCUUCGCCUUUUGUCACCUUCAGUGUCGUAUCUUGAUGAUACAUGGAAGUACUGUAGCAUGCAGUAUUUAAAGCAGUUUAGCUUUGGUCUGUUUUGUUUCCUUUAAAAAAAAAAGAUAGCAUGUGUGGAGUUUACGUUAUAAACGUCUUUGUGUUGUAAUGUAUUGAGGAGUUAUCACAAUGAGUGUGAUGGAUACAUUCUGCAUUUUAAGCAGUGAUACCAGCCAAAAACAACGAGCAUUUUUCAAAGAGAAGUUAGAUCUGUCACAGAAGCCUCCACACUUCUGUACAGUUGAGCUACGAACAUCCCUUGAAGGCUGCUAUUCCUCAUCCACUUGAUAUAGUAACUAAAAUUUCCAACUUUUUUGCACCAUUCCCUUUGCUCCUUACACUUCUGUCUCAACAGACUUACCUUGAAAAAUGCUAUUGUUGUGAGGAAGGGAGAAUUCUUUUUAAAAAUAAUGAAGUUGUCUCAAAAUCUCCCUCUCGCUUAUCUGUUUCAUCUUCAAACCCUAAUCUGACAGCCAGCUGCUUUUUACAUUCUUUUGUGGGAGAGGGCCAAAAUGUGGGUUUUGCUACAAAACCAGAUGUUACUUGAAUUAUCUCUCUGCGUUUUAAAUUUAAGUGCGCACUCAUUUUGUUCAAAUCGAAUCAUUCCCCUGCACUAUUUAUAAUCAGAUAUUGCCAUUUAUUUUUUACUUGUGCAUGGACAUGAAAAACUGAUGUAUAUUCUCAUUGUUUAGCUUGAAUGAAGUUGCAGCAAAAUAAAUAGUCAAAAGCAAAUUUUAGAUUUCUGUUGUUCGGACUAUAUAUUGCCAUAGUAUGUAAGGUGUCAUUGCUUUGAUAUUUUCCCCCAAGAAGCCCCUUUUACAUAGGGAAAAUAAACCUAAACUAAAGAAA